AUCAGAUUAAGUAGUUACCUUAUAAUACUUAUUAUAAUUAGUUAAGAUUCCGUCUUGUAGAUGUGAUGGUGUCACAAUGCAAGCGAGAUGAUCUGUUGUAACGCAUGCUGUGGGUAGGGAGGCGCGUUGCCCAAGCGCAGCGAGCGCCGAGUCUGGCAGAGGCUGCGCGCGCGCUCGCCCGACACCUCAACAUGUGGCGCCCCGUGUGGCUAGUGGCCAGUCUGUGUGCUGUGCGAGCCAGCGUCGUCGAUAUCAAUGACACGCAGUUCGCGUCGCUGCCGGCGCUGUACGCGCUGGACGAGUGGAGUCAGUGCCAGCGCGCAGGAGACGUGUACUGCAUGGUGGACGCCGCACUGUACGCCACACAACCCUCGCCCGCACUCAUGCUGCUGCAGGACUACUCAAAGCAGACUGUGAAGCACUACAACAGAACGCAGGUGCACCGCGGCGUGUGCGUCUCGCGCUGCGGAGAGCACAACGUCACCAGCGGCUGGUACGACGCGGCGCAGGCCUGCGUCAGCGCUGGAGUGGCUCAGUAUGGACUUGAGGCUGAAGUCCUGUCGGUGGACUGGUGCAUGUCGGCGGACUCCCCGCCGGCCAGCUCGGGGCCGGGGCGCUCGCUGGCGGUGCUGGUGACGGUGCUGGCCGCGCUCGCCUGCCUCGCCACCGCCGUGCAUGUGCUGGGAGACCGCUGCGCUAAGGCCGAGUGUAACAGAUAUCUGCUGGCGUUCUCCCUGAAGCGAAACUACGACAUCCUGACUUACGACAGGAGUAAGCCUCGGACGGACGACCGCAUGAAGGAUGUCGCCUGCAUCGAGGGGAUCAGGUUCCUGGGCAUGCAGUGCGUGAUCUUCUCUCACGUCAUGCUGAUCUACAUCUACUCGUACAUCGAUAACCCGCAGUUUGUUGAGAGGAUAUACGACAAGUUCGCGUGGCAGGCUGUGUUGAAUUCCCCACUGUGGCUGCAGGCCUUCUUCGCUAUGUCGGGCUUCCUGACCGCGUACGCCACGCUCCUGUCUUCCAAGACCAAACCAAUCACUUUUUUCAAGUGUCUCAUGUCCAUCGUAAACAGGUGGAUUAGACUGACCCCUCUGGCGGUGUUCGCGCUGUGGUUCACGGUAGCGUGGUUCCCACUGCUGGGCAGCGGGCCGCAGUGGUCGUGGCUCGUGACACGCGAGGCUCACGACUGCUCCGAGCGCUGGUGGUACCACGUGCUCUACGUGCACAACCAUCUGCCCACCGGCAAGUUCUGUAUGGGACACACCUGGUACCUAGCGGCGGACAUGCAGCUGCACGUGCUGGGCGUGUUCGUGCUGCUGCUGCUGCGGCGCUGGCGCGGCGCGGCGCUGCCGCUGCUACUGCUGCUGGUGACCGGCUCCGCGCUGGCCGCCGGCCUCGUGGUCUACUUCUACCAGCUCACACCCAUCGUCACUGCGCAGACACCCGAAGUCCUCCGCACCAUGUUCGCUGGCUCCCAGAUCCUGACGCUCCUGUACCUGCCCGCCUGGAUGAACCUGCCCGGGUACGUGGGCGGCAUGGGCACCGCCAUGAUCCUCUACUACAACAACAUCAAGCUUAAGGAUAGCAAGUGGUUCAACCUGUUGUUCCACUCAUCGCUGUUCCUGGGCUCGGCGGUGCUGCUGGCGGGCGCGGUGUUCCUGUCGGACUCGCCGCCGCCGCGCUGGGCCGCCGCACUCUACGCCGCACUCGACCGCACGCUCGUCGCCGUCUUCUUCUGCAUAUUCAUGCUGGGCUGCUUCUCUAGGUGUUGGUCGGCUGUCCGCGACGCGCUGGAGUGGCGCGGCUUCCACACGCUGGGGCGGCUCUCGUACUGCGUGUUCCUCAUCCACUUCAUCGUGCUGCGCAUCACGCUGGCCAGCAACACGCAGCUCGGACACGCCUCGCUACUCUCCAUGGCUUCCUUGCUAAUAACAUCAUCAGUGCUGAGCUACAUCGCGGCGGUGCCUCUGUGCCUGCUGGUGGAGCUGCCCCUCAUCCAGCUGUGGAAGGCGGUCACGGAGGGCGAGGGUCCGGAGCGGACUCCUCAGGACCAGCCCCCCGCCAAGCCCUUCGACCUAGUGGCGCAGAUCAGGCGGAGACAUGAGGCAGCAUAGUACUUGACUGUUUUAAUGGCUAAUGUUUUAGGGAUACGCAGGAUUUUAAGUAAAAGCUCGAUUGAAAAAAAUUUUUUGAGCAUGAUGAGUUAGAUAGACUUUUGUACAUCGAUCAAGAGCAAUGAGGGAAAAUGCUCCUAAAAGUCCUUAGUCCGUAGAUAUGAGCUGGUUUAAAUAUUUGCAUCGUCGAAUUUAAGGUGCAUGAUGAGAUUGUAACUAAUACAUGUAUGUAUAGGAUACGUAGAGUGUAGAAGAAACCUAGUCUUAUGUAAAAGUAUCGCUUCGUAACAGGAGGAUGAUGAAUCUUUAUUCUGAACAAGCGAAAUUAGUCCCUAAUAUUGAGUCCGAGACCCUAAUCCGAAAUUAUGCCCUAGCUAUGGUGCAGCAAAUUAAGAAACGAUAUCUGAUAGUCAUCGGAACACAGUUACCACUUAAGGUGUACCUGAAGUAAGAGUUAAUAUCUUAAGUUAAUAAUUAUAGACGUUACAAAUGUUUUUAUAUU